AUUUCCUCCAGCUCUAUUUGUCCCCCUCUCGACUCUCGCCAACUAUCAUCUUCUUCUCCCUUCUUCUCCGCCAUUUCUGUCGCUCUUAAAACCCUUUGAUGUUCUACUGAAUCUCUCUUCCUACUCAAUUCAGCUCUAUCUAGGGCUUUCCCACCGAAAAUUCUAAUCGAAUCCAUCACUGCCACCUCUCUUUAAGUCUACUCUCUGUCUACUGUCUCGAUUUCCAAACUCCCACCUGAAGAUGGAUCUGCCUAGCCUCGCUUUGAUCCUCCGAGACGCCGCGCUCAGCCCUAAUCCCGAUGAACGCAAAGCUUCUGAGCUGAAACUCAAUCAGUUGCAGCACACGCCCCAGCAUUUGGUGAGGUUAUUGCAGAUAGCCGUGGAUGGAGGUUGCGACAUGGCAGUGCGUCAAAUCGCUAGCAUUCAGUUCAAAAACUUCAUUGCUAAGAACUGGUCUACUGAAGAUCCUGGAGAGCAGCAGAGGAUAUUGCAAAGCGACAAGGAAUUGGUGAGGGACAACAUCCUCGUCUAUGUCACCCAAGUUCCAACCUUGCUCAGAUCCCAACUUGGAGAGUGCCUCAAGACAAUUAUAUUUGCUGACUACCCAGAACAAUGGCCACGUCUUCUGGAUUGGGUGAAGUACAACUUGCAAAAUCAACAAAUUUAUGGAGCUUUGUUUGUGUUGCGGAUACUCUCUAGGAAAUAUGAGUUCAAGUCAGACGAGGAGAGGGCACCAGUUUCCCGCAUUGUGGAGGAGACAUUUCCUCUACUCUUGACCAUUUUUAAUGGGCUCAUUCAGAUAGCAAAUCCCUCUCUGGAGAUAGCAGAAUUUAUGAAGCUGAUUUGCAAAAUAUUUUGGUCAUCCAUAUAUCUGGAGCUCCCAAGGCAAUUAUUUGAUCAAAACGUAUUCAAUGCCUGGAUGGUUCUGUUCUUGAGUGUUUCGGAGCGUCCUGUUCCAGUUGAAGGCCAGCCUAUGGAUCCGGAACUUAGAAAAUCUUGGGGCUGGUGGAAGGUCAAGAAGUGGACAGUGCACAUCUUAAACAGGCUCUAUAGUCGGUUUGGAGACCCAAAACUUCAAAGUCCAGAAAACAAACCUUUCGCCCAAAUGUUUCAAAAGAAUUAUGCAGGCAGGAUUUUGGAAGGCCACCUAAAUUUUCUGAAUACAAUUCGCGUUGGAGGCUAUGUUCCUGACAGAGUUACCAACCUUCUCCUUCAGUACUUAAGCAACAGCAUUACGAAGAAUAGCAUGUACAAUUUGCUGCUGCCUCGGCUGGAUGUUUUGCUUUUUGAGAUUGUUUUCCCUCUUAUGUGCUUUAAUGAAACUGAUCAAACGCUUUGGGAGGAAGACCCACAUGAAUAUGUGAGGAAAGGUUACAAUAUCAUUGAAGACUUGUACAGUCCGCGAACAGCGGCUAUGGAUUUUGUAAAUGAACUGGUUCGAAAACGUGGGAAAGAGAACCUUCCGAAAUUUGUUCAGUUUGUUGUAGGGAUCUUCCGGAGUUAUGAAGAAGCUCCUGCAGAACUUAAGCCUUAUCGUCAAAAAGAUGGCGCGAUGCUUGCUGUUGGAGCUCUUUGUGAUAAACUUAAGCAAACGGAGCCCUAUAAAUCUGAACUUGAGCAUAUGUUGGUCCAACAUAUUUUUCCUGAGUUCAAUAGUCCAGUUGGACAUCUUAGAGCAAAGGCUGCAUGGGUAGCUGGGCAAUAUGCACAUAUCAAUUUCUCAGAUCAGAACAACUUCCGUAAAGCAUUGCACAGUGUUGUUUCUGGAAUGCGCGAUCCUGAUCUCCCUGUCCGUGUUGAUUCAGUUUUUGCAUUACGUUCAUUUGUUGAGGCGUGCAAGGAUUUGAAUGAGAUACGUCCGAUCCUCCCUCAGUUACUUGAUGAAUUUUUCAAACUCAUGAAUGAGGUGGAGAAUGAAGACCUUGUUUUUACUUUGGAGACUAUCGUAGAUAAGUUUGGUGAGGAGAUGGCUCCUUAUGCUUUUGGACUAUGCCAAAAUCUGGCGGCUGCAUUUUGGAGGUGUCUAAACACGUCAGAAGCUAGUGAUGAUUCGGAUGAUAUGGGAGCUUUAGCUGCAGUCGGUUGUUUGCGUGCCAUAAGUACAAUCCUUGAAUCUGUUAGCAGUCUUCCUCAGCUAUUUGUUGAGAUAGAACCAACCAUACUUCCCAUAAUGCAGAAAAUGUUGACCACUGAUGGCCAAGAGGUAUUUGAAGAAGUUUUGGAGAUUGCAUCAUACAUGACCUUUUAUUCACCCAACAUUUCCUUGGACAUAUGGAGCCUCUGGCCAUUAAUGGUGGAAGCACUGGUCGAUUGGGCAAUUGAUUUCUUUCCAAAUAUUUUGGUUCCGAUGGACAACUUUAUAUCAAGGGGAACUGCUCAUUUUCUCACUUGCAAGCAGCCCGACUAUCAGCAAAGUCUAUUUAAUGUUCUUUCAACUCUUAUGACCGACAGAAACAUAGAAGACAGUGAUAUUGAGUCUGCUCCAAAGCUUAUUGAAGUUGUUUUCCAGAAUUGCAAAGGGCAGGUGGAUCAGUGGGUUGAACCAUAUCUGCGACUCACAAUUGAUCGGUUACAACGAGCUGAGUCUUCAUACUUAAAAUCACUUCUUGUACAAGUGGUGGCAAAUAUGCUUUACUACAAUCCAAGUUUGACGCUGAGUGUAUUGCAUAACACGGGGCUUGCUUCAAAAGUCUUUGAUCUUUGGUUCCAAAUGUUGCAGCAAAAGAAAAAGGGCGGCCAACCAGCAAACUUCAAAAGGGAACACGAUAAGAAGGUUUGCUGCUUGGGUUUGACUUCAUUACUAGCUCUCCCAGGCGGUCAAUUCCCCGACGAAGCGCUGCAGCGUGUUUUCAGGGCAACACUUGAUCUUCUAGUUGCAUAUAAGAAUCAGAUAGCUGAAGCAGCAAAGGAGACGGAAGUAGAUUAUGAGGAUGAGAUGAAUGGACUCGAGAGUGAUGACGACGAGGUUGAUGAUGGGUCUGAUGGGGAGAUGGGGAUGGAUGAUACCGAGGAUGGAGAUGAAGCAGAAAGCAUAAAACUGCAGAAGCUAGCUGCACAGGUUUUGAUGCAGGCAUCAGACGCGCAGAGGUUUCAGAACCUUAACCAGUCACUGGACUUUCCGUAUCAGGCGAUUGCAAACGGAGUAUUACAGCACGCAGAUGUGAGAAGAGUGGAAAUCGAGAAGGAGAAGCUAAAGAAGGCAGCAGAAGCCGCUGCUACCGCUGUUCCUGCUAUAUAAAACUUUCAGCUUGGAUCAAAUGCAUACUCUGAUAAGCACAACAAUUCAUUUUGGUGAGAAUCUUCUCGUUCAUACAUAUUCAGCAUUGCAGCUUGCUUCAAGGAAGCAGAUUUUUGGAUUUUAGCAAAAAAGAAAAAAACCAUCAUCAUCUCCGUAGCCUUGUGAAACCGUGUGGUUGCGGUCAGAAGGUUUAAAUGUUUUGGUGAGAUUAUGGACGGUCUGAAGAAAAGGUGUGAUCGCUUCUUCUUCUUCUUCAGUGGUUUUAUGUGUUGUGUUGUCUCUUCUUCUGGAUUGGUUGUGUUCUUAAAGAACGAAAUUCUUUUUUUUGGGGGGGUGGUGGGGGGGUUUGUGUACUCAUUUAUCAUUGCCUUGCUACUGCACACAUUGUGUCUUGUCUUUUUGGGAUGUGUCUAGUUUUUUUUUGUUAGGAAAGUUAUACUGUAUUGCAUUUUUGUGAUCUCACAGAGAGAUCAGCAAGGUCAACUCAUCAGGUUGUACGACCAUUCUUUCAUAAAGUGGAAAUUUUAUCUAUAUAUUCCGAAAUAAACGUAAAAUAUUUCAUAACCUUUUUUUGACAAUAUACUGAGUAGUUCUGACUUAGAAGAACUUGGCCCAUAAGAUAGUAACUUCGCAAGGAUUAUAUAAAUCUUAUGAUAAGAAAACAAAAUUGGAAUUUGAAAAGUCUAAUCUUAUAUCAAAAAUCCUGUGCCAUUGCAUCGAUUGCCAGAUUGCUCACAAUGUGGCCGGAUUGAUCACCAACUCCAUACAAGACUUACUCGGUUCUUGGAGCUUAGCUCGGUUUUAUGAGUGUCGGAGUUGAGUUGUUUCCGGCUAACAUUGGUGUAGAUGUCGCGGAUGACCAUUUCGAAAGCUGUUUUAACGUUUGUUGAAUCGAGAGCCGAUGUUUCCAUGAAGAAAAGUCCUUCGGUUUCCGCUAGGGCUUUGCCUUCUUCCACGCUCACCGCUCUUAUGCUCUCCAAGUCACAUUUGUUCCCCACCAGCAUCCUCGCCACCGUUGUAUCCGAAUGUGUCUUGAGCUCAUCGAGCCAACGUCCGACGCUGUCGAAGGUGGAGCGACGGGAAAUGUCGUAGACGACGAGGGAACCGACGGCGCCGCGGUAAUAAGCGGAGGUGACGGCACGGAAGCGUUCCUGACCGGCAGUAUCCCAAAUCUGAGCUUUGACCUCUUUGCCUUCGAUUUCCAUGCUCUGCGUCUGGAACUCGACGCCGAUCGUGGCUUUCGAGUGGGCGUUGAACUCGUUCCUGGCGUACCGGGAGAGAAGGUUCGACUUCCCGACGGCCGAGUCGCCGAUUAUCACUAUCUUGAAGAGAUACUCCUCUCCUCCUUCGUCAUCGGACGACAUCUUCGUUUCCGAUUUCUAGAGAGAGAAAGCUGCGACUGGUUUUAGAGAGAGACGGUUGGGGAAAAGAAACAAGCUGGCAAAGAAAAGCUAAGGACAUACUGCGCAUGAAGUGCUUCAUAAUUG